AUGGCUUCCGCUAGGCAGAGCAACAAGUUCCGCAUCCUCCUCAUGCCCUUCUUCGCCACUAGCCAUAUCGGCCCCGUCACCGACCUGGCCUUCCACCUCGCCGCGGCCAGGCCUGACGAUGUCGAGGCCACUGUUGCUGUCACUCCGGCGAACGCUUCAAUCGUCCAGUCAGCACUCGCCCCGCGCGUCAGUCAUCAGGCCACAAUCAAGGUGGCCACCUACCCGUUCCCAUCCGUGAACGGCCUUCCACUGGGAGUGGAGAACCUCUCCACGGUCAAGGCCGCCGACGCCUGGCGGCGUCGCCAUAGACGAGAAGCUGAUGCGGCCAGGGCAGGAGAGUCUUAUCAGCGAGCACUCGCCGGACCUCGUCAUCACCGACGGACACUUCUGGUGAAACGUCGAUGUCACCACUGA